GCCAAGAAGAAAACAAAGAAGAGCAUGUACAAAAUACAAAUACAGAAGAAGAGAACACAUUAGAGAAAAUGGCGGCUGUUCUCUCUUUAGAAGCACAAGCAAUGGUAAAAGAUGAAAUUUUUCAAAAUAUUUUGUCUGAAAAAGAAAAAUUACCGACUGUAAGCAUGCUGGAUUUUGCUGGUCAGUUAGCGUAUUAUGCCUGCCACCAAAUUUACGUAACACCAAAAGCCUUCUUCAUCCUUGUGUUGGACAUGACUAAGAAGUUCGAAGAUGUUAUCGAUAAAGAGAAAGACAAUCAAGAAGGAUCAAUCUUCUCAGCUUGGACAUACAAAGACUACCUGAAGUUUUGGAUAACCUCAAUCAAGACAUUUGGAGGCACUAAGGCGCCAUUGUUUGUUGUUGUUACUCAUACAGAACAAAAAUCCUCAGAUGAAAUUGAAAAUUACCUUAAGGAGUUUUGGAAAGCUGUACCAGACGAGGACAGAGAUUGGUUAAGUGAGUCUCUGAAUGAUCGGGAAUACUCUGUGGGUCUAGUGGAACUUAAUGACGAAACAAGGGAAAUGCUGGAAUCAAUUAAAAAGUCUGUAGUCCAACUAUUUGCAGAUGAGAUAAAUACAAAAAUUGAAAUCCCUUCUUCGUGGGCUCUAAUGGAACAGCUAUUAUAUGAAGGAGGCUGGAAGGUUUUGUCCCUUGAUGAAAUUUGGAAGCUAAACUCAUCCCUUCCUGAUGACUACCAAAUUAAAAAUGAUGAGGAAAUGUCUAGGUUUCUAAAGUACUUUCAUGAUAAUGGACUUCUUUUGUAUUUCAAAGAAGGGAAAUUAAGGGAACAUGCAAUACUUGACAUUCAGUGGUUUGCUAAUGCAUUCAGCAAGAUAAUUGCUGACGAAAAUCAUAUCAAUAAAGAUUGUAAAAGGAGAUUAAUCAGAGAAUGGAAAUCCUUCAACAAAACGGGGGAACUUAAAAACAAAGUGGUAAACGCACUGUGGAAAGAUGAACCUUCAUACCUUAAACACAAAAGUGAAAUUAUGUCUUACAUGGAGAAGCUUCAAAUGCUUGUACCUCUGGAGUCUUUGGAAGCUGCGUCAGAAGGUGGCAUGUCAUGGUAUGUCCCAAGUAUGAACAAAAAGCAGUUUUAUUCCGAAUUUUCCGACAAAAACUGGGAAUGCUCAUCCAUUUUGUGCUUCCGAUUCACUUCCUUUGCCAUGUUUGUGUUCUACAGGCUGAUAGCGUACUGCUUAAGUUUUCUUAGAUGGAGUGUUGCAAAAGAUGAUGAUAAUGAAGGAGAUUUAUGUCUUUAUCAAACAGCAGCAGUGUUUGAUCACAAAGAACACAGUGUGGUUGUUGGCAUAUGUGAUGAUGAUAUACAGUUGCAAGUGUUACGUGUCAGCCGCUUAGCUGUGAAUAAGGAGGUAUCAUAUGAAAUAGGAGACUCCAUCGAAAUUGCCUUAGAAAAGUUGACGGAAACAUUUCAUGGAGAAAAAAUAUUCCAUAGAGGAUUCAAAUGUCAAAACAUUAUUUGCAAUAAGAAAGAUUUGUCUUUCAACCAUGCUAGCGAGCUCUCCAAAAUCAAGGCUGAAGAAACACAAUGCAAAUGUCGAAUUCGAGAGAAACAUGUGAUAAAUGUACAAAGGACUCUCGGUUUCUGGGAAAAGAAAGAGGCGAACAAUUCCAGCACUGGACAAAUACUUGCAGACCGAUCAAGAUUUGCAAAGCUAGGAAUGGCAACAAACGAUGUGCUAAAUCAGGCAUACAGAGAUGUGCUUGAGUGGGAAAUACACCCUUCUCUUGUAUACAACAAAGUGAAGACGUCAUCAAUUUAUAAAACAUUACGCUCAGAUCAAGAAGAUCUCUUGACAAAGGCUACAAGCUCUGGAUAUAAGAAUUUUGAUAUUUCAUUGAUAUAUAUGUUGAUCAGAAACAUUUGUUCAAUGAUCCCUAAGCCAACAAAAGGAAAAUGGGGAGGGAAAAAUAUGCCUGCAGCAGGAGAGAUGAGGUUGGGUGAUGAUGUCGAACGAAUCAGGAUAAUCCGAAACUCUUUGACUGCACACGUGAGCUCAGCCUCCACCUCGCAGACAGAAUUCGAUGACACUUGGUUGAUGAUGACGCAUAUCUGCCAACGAUUGGAAAAAUUUACUGGAAAGAAGUACCUGGAUGACCUUAAUAGCAUUCAAAAACUGACUUUAAAGGAGGAAGAGGAAGAUGCUAUUAUAGAAAAAGUUAAAAUGGAAAAUCAGUAUGAAAUGAUGAAGGCAGUAAUGUCAGAUGUUCAGGAAAUUAAAAAGAGAAUAUCAAAGCCUAAAACAAAAGAUGCUUCGAAUUAAGAUUAAGAUUACUCCACAUACAAAGCUAUGUGGAAUACUUUUAUAACCUGAACUAUAUUGAAAUCACAAUCAA